CCUCAAAUGUGUUGGUACAGACGAAGCUAAGCAUGAACUGCGCAUGCGAAAACAAAAUGUCUGCGCUCAUGGUGAGGUUGUGUCUCAUCCAGUGACAGAAACGUGAGACACGAUCUGUUAGUUUGACAAGCAUAUCACAGUAUCUCUAAAAUGCUGAAGACACCAGUUUACCGUUGCAGCGCGGUAGCAACUGGAUUGAAACAACUAUGUUUUUCAAGUGAAUGUGGAUCAUGUUUUUUGGUGCUUCGUUCGAGUCGACAUGGCAAUCGUCUGCUUUCUAUGUCUUCAUCCGUCUGCGGAAAAGCUCUUCCAAGGAGAAAUCCCAGAGAAGUCGUGGAAAUUAACGGUUUGGAAAAGAUCACAUAUGCCGAGAGAAAGCAUUUCGUUCCUGGGUUGACAAAACCCAUUUUUCCACCCUGGGAGCGUGACCAUCAGAACCCUUUUUAUUAUAAGUCACCAAAACCUGAGGAAAUGCCACUGUACAAAGAUAAACCCUGUUUUGUGUUCCAUCAAAGGACGAAUCUAAUGGAAGGCGUGAAACAGACCCUCUGGCUGACUAAAUCCAAGCUAAUCAAAGGAAUACCUGCUCAAAUCAUGGCAUUGGCUGAUAAUCCAGCCAAUGAGAUUGAGAAUCAGGAUGACCGAGUGCAAAAUGCUAUCAAACACGCCCGUUUCUGGGACACCACAGAAAACGUACCUCCGAGAGAGAGAUUCUGCCCCACACUCCUCAACAGCCUGCUGCACCUGUGUGGACUCCAGCAAUUCAAACACCCUGCUCUGGGGAAGAGGCUGCUGUGUCAGAAGUACAGUCUGGCUGCCUCAUGGCACAGAGGUGAAGACCUCAUCCAGGUGAGGGGAAAGAAUGGGAUGCUACUCAACAGCAUGUCACCUUUGCCUGCCAUGGCUGAGAGGGAGGAGGUGCUGGGUACAGCAGACAGUGUGUUGGAGACCUUCUACCCCAUCUCGCCUACUAUCGACCUGCAGAACCUCAACGUCUUUGAUGCCAAGACAGAUACCGGUUUCGUAGAGGGUUACCCCUAUCCACAUGCUCACACUCUCUUCUUCACUCACUUGAAGGAUGGCCACCACGAGCAGCUUCGGGCUAAGAUGGUCAUGUACGCCUUUGGAAAUGCGCUAGCUCGUGCCAGAGCCCUGUACGGGCCGGAACCACAGGUCCUGGAGAAGCCCGUGGUGGUACAGAGUGUUGCUACCAAUGGCCGUCUCUUCCAGUUUUUGGUGUUCCAGUUGAACACCACGGACCUGACCACAGACACCGGAGUAAAGAAUUUGGCUUGGAUGGAUGAGGACCAGGCUCUCUAUGACUUUGCUAAGGUCCGGCCGCUCAUCAAAAAGAAAGUCGUUCAGGUGCCUGCUGGUCUGGCCGGGUAUCACCCUGACACGUUCAAGAAGCUCCUGGCAUUCUACCUACAUGGAGCAGCAUAAGCUGAUGGAAAUUAAAGCACUCAAACCAUCUUUUUUUUUUUUUUAAAUCACCCACUAAAUAAAUCUUAUCCCAAAGUUUAAA